CACCCUCUAGCCGCAAGCAACCCCGUCGCGCGGCGCGACACCGCCUCCGAGGGUCGCCGGUCGCCGGGCGCUGGAGCCAUGACCCUCCGCCGACUCAGGAAGCUGCAGCAGAAAGAGGAGGCGGCGGCCGCCCCGGAUCCCGCGGCGCGGGCUCCCGACUCGGAAGUCGCUCCCUCCACUCCAGCCCCGACCCCGGCCUCGGGUCCCCGUGCUGCUGCCGCCAGCUCUGGGGCCCCCGGAGACGAGCUGUACGCGGCGCUGGAGGACUAUCACCCGGCUGAGCUGUAUCGCGCGCUCGCCGUGUCCGGGGGCACCCUGCCCCGCCGAAAGGGCUCAGGAUUCCGCUGGAAGAAUCUUGGCCAGAGUCCCGAACAGCAGCGGAAAGUGCUGACUUUGGAGAAGGAAGAGAACCAGACCUUCGGCUUUGAGAUCCAGACUUACGGCCUUCACCACCGGGAGGAGCAGCGCGUGGAGAUGGUGACUUUUGUCUGCCGGGUUCAUGAGUCCAGCCCUGCCCAGCUGGCUGGGCUCACACCAGGGGACACCAUUGCCAGUGUCAAUGGCCUGAACGUGGAAGGCAUCCGGCAUCGAGAGAUCGUUGACAUCAUUAAGGCAUCUGGAAAUGUUCUCAGGCUGGAAACUCUAUAUGGGACGUCAAUUCGGAAGGCAGAAUUGGAGGCCCGUCUGCAGUACCUAAAGCAAACCCUGUAUGAGAAGUGGGGAGAAUACAGGUCCCUGAUGGUGCAGGAGCAGCGGCUGGUGCACGGCCUGGUGGUGAAGGACCCGAGCAUCUACGACACGUUGGAGUCGGUGCGCUCCUGCCUGUACGGGGCGGGCCUGCUCCCGGGCUCCCUGCCCUUCGGGCCCCUGUUGGCCGCGCCCGGGGGUCCCCGCGGGGCCGCGCGGCGGGCCGGGGGCGACGCGGACGACGCAGUCUACCACACGUGCUUCUUCGGGGGCGCCGAGCCGCCCGCGCCGCCGCCACCGCCCCCCGCCCGCGCUCCGGGCCCGGGCCCAGCCGAGGCUCCGGCGUCUACGCCCCGGGCCGCUCUGAGCCGCAGCGCCAGCGUGCGGUGCACGGGCCCCGGGGGCGGCGGCGGCGGCGGCGGCGGGGCGCCGGGCGCGCUCUGGACUGAGGCCCGGGAGCAGGCCCUGUGCGGCCCCGGCCUGCGCAAAGCCAAGUACCGCAGCUUCCGCCGGAGGCUGCUCAAGUUUAUCCCCGGACUCAACCGCUCCCUGGAGGAGGAGGAGAGCCAGCUGUAGGGGCGGGGCGGGUGGGAAAGGUAUUUAUUUAUUUAUUCGAUCCAGCCUGUGCAGAAAGGGGGCGAAGGGAGGGGCGGGUACCCGUCCCCCCCAAGGGACCCCAGGAGCCCAGCGCAGCGGGAGAGGGUCCUGGCCAGCGCCAGUCGGUCUGCUGGUGCCUGGCUGUCUCUGCGGAGCGCUGCUGAGCCCGGGGCUCCAGAUUCCUUUUCAACUCAUCCUCCCCUAAACCACAGUGGGAGGUGGGGCGGGGAGAACCAGGCAAGCUGGGGAUGGGAGAGGUUUGGGGGCGUUCAUCCUACAUCUGGGUCAGUAGUGCCUUGUGGGGUGUCCAGGAAAACCCCUCUGGAGGGGAGGAACCCUGUCCCGCGAAGCCCUCUCCUCAGCUUUACUUGCUCCUCACCCUUGGCCUGGGGGAGAAAUUGCCUCCGGUCCGUCGUUCCCCUACCUUCCACACACAUGCACAGUUCCAGUUAACCAGCGGGCCCCUGAAGAGGCCUAAGGUGCUGGGCCCCCUCCUUCCCGGCCUUGACCCCUAAGGGCUUGGCCCCUCCCAGGGGCCUGUAACUAAGUUGGGUUCUGCCGGGCAGGGGUCCUGGGUUCUCUGCCCCUUGGGGGACAGGAGUGGGCGUGUCCAGGUGGGAUGGGGGCAGCCCAGACUGUUCCACCGUUUUGCAUAUUGUUGCUUCUGAACCACAAACUGUAUAAAAUUGACGGAUUUUUGCA